GAAAAACCUGGAUUGAGUGAACCUGCGAACAACAAACUAAGAAUAGUUGUUGGCAAGAAACAUUGAUUUGUUGAUUUCUUGAGAGUCCGAUCAUAAAUUAAAGGACUUCAAGUUAUCUAUAGAAUUGUUAUUGCACAACAUCCGACCCUUGCUUCUUUCUUAACAUUUUUGUAGUUUGGAGAGUGAUUUUGGUCCGUAUUUCGUGGAUUUGAAGGAAUAGAUAAAUUUUUAACAUCUGUAUUCUAUUUACAGACGGGUUUAUCUUACUCCUUCCGUGAAAUAUUGCGGUUUUCCUUUCUCCAGCUGAAAGAAGAAAAAAGUAACGAACACUUUUCUUUGAUUCCUUUAGCCUAUUCAAUCCUUAUAAGCAUUGUUUGAAGUGAAAUAAGGACUUUCGUUCCUUUAAAAAAGUUCGUUCUUUUCUAUAGAUCCACUCUCAAUCUUUUUCUUAUUUCUAUCCUUUUCUAAUACUUUACGAGUGCGGCAACGGCAUAUACUGAACACGUCUUCGGUUUAAAAAUUCCUAAAAACAACUGCUUGACGCUCGCAAAGUUCAUAUUGCAUAAAAGUAUCUAUCUUUUUAAUUUGCAUAUUAUUCAGCAUUCGAAAGUUAAAGAUAAAUCUUGCAUUUCGGCAUCGCCCACGGUACUGUUGUAAUUUAUUUAUCAUAUAACCUUUUAAGUCGUAUAUUUGUUCUUGGUCACGCUAUACUAUCUAAGGAUUUAUACGGUGUAUGGUUACAUCUAUUUACUAGAGAACAUUAGCUUUCCUAUUGUGGUUCUCUUCUCUUAUUGUUUAUUUCUUUUUCUUUCAUUUAGUUAACGGUCUAUCGUUAUUACAUCUUUUCUCUCUUUUGUGCAUCUUAUUAGCAAUUUACAAUGGAUCAGUAUUGGCGUGAGCAAGAAGGCCGUGGCCUUUUCGAAGACGACGCCACCAGUUACACUUCGGAAAAUGAUGAUUCCAUGAAUUCUUUGCAACGCUUAAUUUAUGACGAUCCAUCCGUUCAUGACGACCUUCAGUCUGAUUAUGACAGUAGCUCUUUUAACGUCGACACUAGUCCAGUCGCUUACCCUUCAUGGAAUCAGGGUGCUGAAGAGCCCCCGGUAAGCAUGGAGGGUGUCCAGGAAAUCUUGCUUGAUCUUACAAACAAGCUUGGGUUUCAAAAGGAUAGUAUGCGCAAUAUAUUCGAUUAUGUUAUGGUUUUACUCGAUUCUCGUGCUUCGCGUAUGUCUCCUUCUCAAGCUCUCCUUACUCUUCAUGCCGACGUUAUUGGUGGUAUCCAUGCAAACUUCGCAAAGUGGUAUUUUGCUUCACAUUUUAAUGAUGGCCAUGCCAUUGGCUUUCAUGAUAUGUCAUCCCCAAUCGUUGAAAAAAUGACCUUAAAAGAGGCCGAGCAAGCCUGGAGAGACCAGAUGGGCGGGUUUUCUCCUCAUCGAAUGAUGGUCCAGCUUUGCUUAUACUUUUUAUGCUGGGGUGAGGCUAAUAAUGUACGUUUUAUGCCUGAGUGCCUUUGCUUUAUCUAUAAAUGUGCCUAUGAUUAUUAUAUUUCAUCUGAAGCCCGAGAUUUGGAUUCGGCUUUACCCAAAGAAUACUUUUUGGACUCUGUAAUUACUCCUGUCUAUCGUUUCUUCCAUGCUCAACUUUUCGAAGUUUUGGAUGGUAAAUAUGUACGUCGUGAACGGGAUCACGCUAGCAACAUCGGUUACGACGACAUCAACCAAUUCUUUUGGUCUUAUAAGGGCCUUGAGGAAAUUAAGUGCACCGAUAAGACUCCUUUGUUGGAUUUACCCCCAUUUAUGCGAUACCGCCAUUUAGGUAAUGUUGAAUGGAAAUCUUGUUUUUACAAGACGUAUUACGAAUACCGCUCAUGGUUUCACAAUAUCACGAACUUUUCUCGGAUUUGGGUUAUGCACAUUGCUGCCUAUUGGUACUAUUCGGCUUACAAUUCUUCAAAUUUGUAUACUUCUCAUUUCCAUAUACGGAUGAACAAUAAGCCUCCUCCAGCUUGUCGUUGGACUGCUUGUGGUUUGGCUGGCGCCAUUGCUUCUUUUAUUACUCUUCUCGCUGUUACUUUUGAGUAUCUUCACGUUCCAAGACGCUACCACUGUGCUAGACCCCUAUGGCCAAGCUUUUUGAUGCUUUUGACCGCGCUAUUACUCAACAUAGCUCCAACUGUUUUUAUUUUUGCCUCAACUGAACAUCAGCAAACAUACGUUUCUCGUUUGGUUGUUGGUAUAGUUCAUUUCUUUUUCUCAUUAGUUUGUGUUGUCUAUUUUGCUGUUACACCUUUGAGAAAUCUUGUGGGAUUCACCACGAAAAGUUCUGGCCAUGAUUUAGCUAACCGUUAUUUCACGUCUAACUUCACCCCAACCUCGAAGGGUGGUGCUAUUGUUUCCUGGUGCUUAUGGAUUACGGUUUUGAUCGCUAAGUAUUGUGAAUCAUACUUUUUCCUUGCACUCAACCUUUCAGAUUCCAUUCGUUAUUUAGGUGCUAUGCGUCCUUAUGAUUGUGGUGACUAUAUCUUGGGGGCCGGUCUUUGCAGAGCUCAACCAAAGAUUCUGCUUAGUUUGUUGUACCUUACUGAUUUGUCAUUGUUCUUUUUGGACACCUAUUUAUGGUAUAUUUUGAUCAGUACAAUUUACUCCUUGGGUUAUGCUUUCUACUUGGGCAUUAGUGUUUGGACACCUUGGCGUGAGCUUUUUUACCGUGUUCCUAGAAGAAUUUACACAAAACUUCUUUACACUGAUGACAUGGAAAUCUCGUUUAAACCCAAGGUAUUGGUUUCCCAGGUUUGGAACGCUAUCAUUAUUUCUAUGUAUAGGGAACACUUAAUUUCUCGGGACCAAAUUCAAGAACUACUGUAUCAUCAAGUACCUUCUGAGAAGGCCGGAUAUCAUACUCUUCGUGCACCAAAUUUCUUUUAUUCUCAGCAAGUGAAACAUUAUAAGCAGGACCUUUUUCCUGCCAACUCCGAGGCGGCGAGAAGAAUUUCCUUUUUUGCUCAAUCAUUGGCUGAGUCCAUCCCCAAACACUGUUCUGUGGAUGCUAUGCCUACGUUCACUGUCUUGGUACCUCAUUACUCUGAAAAGAUCUUGCUCUCGCUACGUGAAAUUAUCCGCGAAGAAGACCAGCUUUCUCGUGUUACCCUUCUGGAAUACUUGAAGCAAUUAUAUCCAAUUGAAUGGAAGAAUUUUGUUGAUGACACUAAGCUGCUUGCUGAUGAAAGUGAAUCAAUUGAUUCUACCAUGGAUGGUGAGAAGAACGAUUUGCAGGCUAAGGCUUACGAUCUUCCAUUUUACUGCAUUGGUUUCAAGUCCGCUACACCUGAGUAUACUUUGCGUACAAGAAUUUGGGCUUCUUUGCGUACUCAAACCCUUUAUCGCACAAUCAAUGGAUUUAGUAACUACAGCAGAGCUAUUAAACUUUUAUACCGUACUGAAUGCCCUGAACUCGUCGAAUGGACUAAUGGUGAUCCAGCUCGAUUAGAUGAAGAACUGGAAGUAAUGGCCAAUAGGAAGUUCAGAUUCUGUGUUUCUAUGCAGCGCUAUGCCAAGUUUACCAAAGAAGAAUCAGAGAAUGCUGAAUUCCUUCUUAGAGCGUAUCCUGAUCUUCAGAUUGCUUAUAUGGAUGAAGAUCCACCUACUCGUCCUUCUGAAGAAAGAGGUAUCUACUCUGUGUUGAUUGAUGGUCAUUGUCCUAUUAUGGAAAACGGUAAAAGACGUCCCAAAUACCGUAUUCGUUUGUCUGGUAAUCCAAUUCUCGGUGAUGGUAAAUCUGAUAACCAAAACAUGUCAAUUCCUUAUAUUCGUGGUGAGUAUGUUCAAAUGGUUGAUGCAAACCAGGAUAAUUAUUUGGAAGAAUGUCUUAAGAUCAGAAACAUCCUUGCUGAAUUUGAGCAAUUUAACCCUCCUCUACAUAAUCCUUAUUCUGUGAACGCCAAGUCUACAACCAAUAAUCCUGUUGCUAUCCUUGGCGCUCGAGAAUAUAUUUUCUCUGAAAAUACCGGUAUGCUCGGUGAUGUUGCCGCUGCCAAAGAACAAUGUUUUGGUACUAUGUUUGCUCGUAUUCUAUCCUUAAUUGGUGGUAAAUUACAUUAUGGUCAUCCAGAUUUUAUUAACGUUUUGUUUAUGACCACUCGAGGUGGUGUAUCCAAAGCACAAAAGGGUUUACACGUCAAUGAAGAUAUAUAUGCUGGUAUGACCGCUUUACAAAGAGGUGGUAGAAUUAAACAUUCUGAUUAUUACCAAUGCGGUAAAGGUCGUGAUUUGGGUUUUGGAUCUAUUCUAAACUUUACAACAAAGAUUGGUACUGGUAUGGCCGAGCAAAUGCUUUCUCGGGAAUAUUUCCACUUGGGAACACAAUUACCAUUUGACAGAUUUUUAUCUUUUUUCUAUGCACAUGCAGGUUUCCAUGUUAAUAACAUGGUUAUUAUGUUUUCUUUACAACUUCUUAUGCUUGUCAUCAUCAAUCUUGGUGCAAUGUUUAGUGUUGUGCCUGUCUGCAAAUAUCGCCAGUUUGACCCAGUUACUGCUCCUCUUUCUCCAAGGGGUUGCUACCAACUUCAACCCGUUUUGGAAUGGCUUAAACGCUGUAUUCUAUCCAUUUUCAUUGUCUUCGGUAUUGCUUUCGUUCCCUUAGCCGUUUGUGAAUUGAAUGAACGUGGUGCGCUUAGAAUGGUUAUCCGUGUAUCUAAACAGAUUUGCUCCUUGUCACCUAUUUUCGAAAUUUUCACUUGCCAAAUUUAUGCUCAAAGUUUAAUUGCUAACUUGUCAUUUGGCGGAGCUCGAUACAUUGGUACUAGCAGAGGUUUUGCUACUGUUCGUGUACCAUUUGCUUUGUUAUAUUCACGUUUUAGUAGUCCUUCAUUAUACUUUGGUUCUAGACUUAUGUUUAUGCUGCUUUACGGGUCUAUCACCGCUUGGUUACCUCAUUAUAUCUAUUUCUGGAUUACUCUUAUCGCUCUUUGCGUUAGUCCAUUCCUUUAUAAUCCCCACCAAUUCUCCUGGACGGAUUUCUUUGUUGACUAUCGAGAAUUUAUUCGUUGGACAUUCCGUGAAAAUUCUCGCAACCACUCGAACUCUUGGAUUGGAAAUUGUCAGCUCACACGAACUCGUGUAACGGGAUACAAGCGUAAGAUUUAUGGCAAGAAAGCCGAUAAAAUUUCCAUGGAUUCUCCACGAGCCCGCAUUACAACGAUGUUUUACGGUGAGAUAUUAGGUCCUUUGGGUACCUUAUUCUUUACCUGCAUACCUUUCUUGUUUGCCAAUUCUCUACCAGGUAACGAAGAUAUAUCGAAAAGAACGAAUGCUUUUAUCCGACUAAUUAUUAUGUCUCUUGUUCCUCUUGUUCUUAGUGCUGGUAUUGCCAUUCUCUUCUUUUGUCUUGGUAUCGUACUACGCCCAGUGGUAGGUGGUAAAGCGAGAAAGGUUGGAAUUUACAUGGCUGCAGCUGCCCAUAUCCUUUUCGUCUUCAUUGACAUUAUUGUUUUCGAGGUUCUUGGAUACUUGGAAGGGUGGACCUUUAGUACAACGUUACUCGGAUUUAUUGCUAUCACCUCUAUCCAUCGGUUUGCUCAUAAAAUAUUGAUUAUUUGCUUUUUAUCUAGAGAAUUCCGUCAUGAUGGUGCUAACCUAGCAUGGUGGUCGGGAUUAUGGAACGGUCAAGGAUUCGGGUAUAUGGUGCUUACUCAGCCCUGGCGAGAAUUCAUUUGCAAGACUACUGAAAUCAACAUGUUUGCUGGUGACUUCUUGCUCAGCCAUCUAUUGCUCUUCCUUCAAUGUCCCGUCAUUUUGAUUCCGUAUAUCGAUAAGUUCCAUUCCAUUAUUCUUUUCUGGCUCCGUCCUAGUAGACAAAUUCGUCCUCCUGUUUACACCAUUAGACAAAACAAAUUACGCCGACAGAUUGUGUUCCGAUAUGCCACGCUGUACUUUACUUUAUUUGUUAUCUUCUUCCUUCUCCUAAUUUUACCCUUUGUAUUUGGUAAAUCUGCCGCUGGGGUUUCAUAUGAUAAGUUCAAUAUGAUCCAGCCAGCCAUUCAUAUUAUGCGAUCUUCCGAGAAGAAUUCUUCAGUUUAAGCAUGUUCUUUUUUUUCUUCAAUAUUCUUCUUUCUUCCUCCUUUUUUGAGGUAUUACAUCUGGACACAGUGGUUUAGAAAAUAUUUGUACAGAUCUGUUCUAUUAAUUUCACAAUUUAAUUAUAUAAAAUGUUUUAUAUCUGACGAUGGAA